AUGGCAAUCGUCAGCACGAUCGACGACAGUGCAGCUGACGCCGACGCGAUCCAUCAAUGCGUCCAAUGUGGCGCUGACUUCGCCGAGAAGGAUAAUGUGUCUGGUUCGUGCAACUACCAUCCUGCCAUCUCGUACGUGUAUCACUCGUGGUCAUGCGAGCUACCUUGCUGCGGCCAGAGCCAGACUUCAUACACACCGUUUCCUUCGAGUGGAUGCACGAAAGGGUCCCAUGCCAAGGCUCACCACGACCGAUACCCGUACAUCAAUCGUCUUGGGCACUACCGAACGCUUCUUCAAGGGGCGGACACGUGGAUUCUCGUCCAGCAGGAAGACGUGACGGUUGCCAAAGCCGACGGCGCUGACAUCGGGUCGACGUUGGCUGGGCAUAUAGGUAUCCUGCGAGACGAAGAAACUGUCGUUGCAUGGGCGACACAAGGCAACGUGACAAUCGACUUGAAAGUCAUCCUCCUCCAACGCUGCCAAGACGAUGACCUCGUCGUCCUCGAAGCAACGAACAGGACCACGCUGCUCAACGACGCAUGGAACAAGGCCGUCACGGCAGACGGACUGUCUUGGUCCAUCAAGGUCACAACGGCGCCAACGCGCGCUUCCAACGGCACGAUAUUCCGAUUGUCUGUGCAGACCCCGACGAGUCCGACCCCCAAUAUCAAGGUGCUACACGUGUUUGGGGACACUGUGGAUGCUCCACGGUUAACUGAGACUGUCUUCGACACCACUCGCAACUUCGCCGAUCUCUACGACGUGGCUGCGUCGUCCUGGCCCCUGCCUCCAGCCAUUCGCUCGUAUCGUCCAAUUCCCCCUGAGCUCUUCGACACGGUCAAAGUCUUGCCAACAUUUCAGUCGUCGGGAGACUUGCCAUUGCGUGUCAAGCUGAUGAAACCCGUGGAGGCCAAUGGCGACUCUCGCCCGUUUAGGCAUGACAUGUUCGUGGCGCACUUUCUCUUUGUCGACACGUCUGCGCUCCCGCCGCCGUCGUCAGGUCAAGUAACGACUAUGCCGUCCUCGACGACUACUUCGACGUCGGCACUAUCACUUUUGGCUGACGAACGAAACCUGAUCUUGACCAUGGUGCGAGACCACACGAUCAGCGUUGACGAUGCAGAACGCCUGCUGACCGCCACGGCGACUCAUGCUUCGAGUGCUGCGGCUGCAGCUGCUCUAGCGUCGUCUGCCCCCAGCAACAGCAUUGUGGCGUACACGCUUGUCGAGGUUGGCGCACAGCUAAGCCUCGACCGCGGCCAGACGUGGAUUCGAGCCGAUGCCGUCCAACUCAAUGGACAGUCCAACGACGUCGUGACGUAUCAAAUUCCCCAAGGUGGCGUGGACAAGGUGCAAGUCGCCGCGCGAUUCCCAGCUCCAACCAAGCAAGGGCAGUGGGGAAAUCGGGCGUAUUUGACGAGGCUGCUGGUGCACCCGGCAAUCCUCCGGUACACAUUUGAAAACGCCAUCGGUCAAGUGACCAGCGUCGACGUGGCCUUCCAGAACGCGCCGCUGUCGCCACUGCCGUCGCGUGACCCAGCGACAGACUGGUUCUUCCUUUCGCUCGAUCACGUCGACGACUUGUCGAGGUCGUAUGCCAAGGUCACUCGAUGUCCGCCGACCGACCCGUCCACCAACGACCCCUUGACAUUGUUUGUCGUCGAGCACUGCUACAAUGGCGGCACGACGUCGUCAUACGCGAUCACGGGUCGGAGUGUCCGACUGUGGCGCAGUCAGCUUGGUCGCGUCCGCCGUCUGCAUGGCCAGACCCAAUCGGACGCCGUCGAAAAGUUGCCGUCGCAAUUGCCGCUCCGUGACAUGUCCGAGAUGGGCAGAGUCGAGUGGACAGCGGUCUUCGACUCGACGGGGUCGACACUUGUGGCGUUGCGAGCCAAGCUCGUGCACAAAACCGACGUGGCCGAGGAUGCGUGGGUGCUCGACUGGCCAGCGUUGUCAAAGGCACUUGCUACUUGAGAACGCCGUACCCGUUUGCAACUAACUCGACGGCACAAGCUAAGGGAUAUCGGCAAGUUCCAUGGCGGAUUGUAUCUUCACGUCGUAAAUUCGUGGGGACGGCAGUUGCAGGAGUGGAUCCCGCUUGAGGCAACAAAUUGUUCGAGGGAGAACUCGAUGAUGGAGGGUGUCUGCGAUUAUCUCUACAACGGACAGACACGAGCUGCAGGGGAUAGCACUCAAAUGGCGACGAUCGUAGUGGUAGCUGCCUCAGUGUUCUCCCCUGCUUUGUGCUUGACGACGCCGCCCAAAGUUCCCGCGGC